AUGAUUUUGUUCCAAUGUCUGCGUUUCAAAAAGCUGGACUGGAGAACCACACGAACCCAGCAGAAACCACAUAAAAAGAAACUGAAAAACUUGAAGGCAGGCCACACCCUCCACCAUGUGGACGAAGCGCAGUACCCGAACCUAAACCGUAACUCUCUUAAGAAGAAGAAGAAGAAGAAUGAUGAUGAUGAUGAUGAUGAUGAUGAUGAUGAUGAUGAUGAUGAUGAUGAAAAUGAUGAUGAUGAUGAUGAUGAUGAUGAUGAUGAUGAUGAUGAUGAUGAUGGGAGAAGGUUUUUAUUCGCCUGA